GUUAGAGGGAGAGAGAGAGAGAGAGAGGCGGUGGCCAUACCUGCAGCGCGGAGUGCUUACCUGGGUGCCAUAGCUGGACUUCACGCCAGCAUCCUGCUUCCGACGCAAUGGCGGCAGUUACCUGCAGGUCAGGUCAUAUCUUUGGGUCUUCCACUGCGCUACAUUGUGCUAUUUUCGUAUGUAUCUGGAUGUGCAAUGCUUGUUGAUGCUUUGCUGACGGUGCAUUGUCCAUUCGAGUCCUUUUCAUCACUUUGUGGAUCCUUGGUUGUUGUGCUUUUCAAAGCAACUGGGGAUGCACCCAUCUUGAAGCAAAAUAAAUUCAAGAUUGGAGCAUCCGAGAAGUUUGUCAAAGUGAUAGAAUUUCUUCGUAAGCAGCUUCAUCGUGAAACUCUGUUCUUGUACAUUAACAGUGCAUUUUCACCAAAUCCAGACGAGCUUGUUGGAGACCUAUUUGAUAACUUUGGAAUUGAUGGAAAGCUUGUGUUUCUAAAGGCGGCGGGGUGGAGAGGAAGAAGGCGGUCGAGAGGCACGAUCCUGGCGUUCCAUCCGUAUAAGGUGGGCGGUCUGGAGGUCCUCGAUGGUGAAUUGGGAGGGGUCGAGAGAGGCAGUGUCGAGGUCGUCAUCGAAGGUGGGUUGAGUGGUGUCGUUAUGGAAAAAGAGGAGGCGGGAGGGAGCGGGCGCGGACUGGUGAUGGGGGUGGAGGAGUCGAUUGUGGUGAAGCAUGCGAGAGAGGAGGUCAGCAAGGGGCAUGUCGGGUUCGUGGGCGAGGGCGGUGGCAAGAUCUUUGUGGCAUACUCGCUUGAUGCGGGAGAUGAACGCAAAGUCGGGAAUGAUGGUGGUGGCAACGAGAAGUUUGGCCCAUUGGAGGAAGGAGUGACGUGGUCCUCCAGAGGCUCGGCGGUUGCUGACUUUAGCCAUCCACCAUUUGGCGGCAUUGCCGACGAGGCGGGAGGUGGCAAUGGGGAGCCAGUGGGCAAGGGGCAUGUGGUGGAGGUGAAAAGAGUUCUGGAGCUGGGUAAGGAAGAGGAAAACGUUCUCGUGGGGGAGGCCGGAGAAGGACAUGAUUUCGUCGGAUCGGAAGGAACGGGGGAUUUCCUAGUCGCGGUGAACGAUCUGCGAGAGGGUGUUGAAGCUGAGGUUAUCGGGGGUGAUGUCGUAGCAGGUGUGGUCGAUUUGGUUGUUGUCCUCAAGGAGGUGGUUGGGGGGGAGUUGUGGCAUUGCGGGGUAAACCCCCGAGGUGGCUUGGGAAUAGGUGGGACGGGUGGUGGGGAUGGUGGAGGUGGUCAUGAUGGGUUGGGAGAGGGUUUGCGAGUGCGGGGGGGGGAGAGGGGUGACAUGGAUGGGCGAGGAAUGAGGCGGUGUGCUGGAUGCGCCGAAUGAGGGAGGAGGUGGAGGGAACGGUGUGAGGAAACCCGGGGAGGGGGCUACCUACCGUUCGCUGAAGCCAAGGGCUACGGCGCCUGUCACUUCGCCGCGCCCGCUCCGAGGUCCUCGGCGACCAGUAGGGUAAAAGGGGGCAAUCGAGUUCAAGGUUUGUCUAGCCCCGUCGGCACGCAGCGCUCUUCAGCAAUAGGAGAGAGUAAAUAAGAUUAAAGGAAUAAGUAAAAAAACAAUAAAUAAAUAAAAGAGUGGCAAAAUU